AUGGAAAUCAAACAAACUCCCAGAAAACACGUGGGAGAUGUGCAAAAUGGGACUACACACAAUGUAGAGACCGGUGAUAUUGAGCAACUCGAGAGACUUGGUUACGUUCCUUCAAAUAUGAGGAGGAACCGCUCAACUCGAACCUUAUUAUUUCAAACCCUUGCCAUUGCCUGCGUCCCAUUCGGCAUUGGUGGCCCCAUUAUCAGCCCUAUCUAUGGUGGUGGCCCAAUCGCUUUAUUUGUUGGUUGGAUCGUGGUUGUUAUCUUGAGCGAAUGUGUGGCCUUGUCUCUUGCUGAAUUCGCUUCAAAGUAUCCAACAUCGGCUGGCCCUUACUAUUGGUCAUUCCAAGUUGCUUCAAAGUGCAAGACUACCCUGUCCUUUAUCACGGGAUGGGUUUGGCUUAUUGCAAAUUGGACCAUCACCCUUUCCGUAAACUUCGGCUUCGCAUCCCUCUUGGCCGGCACAAUCACCAUGUACAAUCCCGACUGGGAAGCAACCGACUGGCAGCUGACACUUCUCUUCUACGCUCUUUUGUUCCUCUCGGCUCUUGUAUGCGUAUACGCAAACCGUUGGCUUGCUCUGAUUGAUACGAUAAGCGCCGGACUCAUCGGAUUGACAAUCAUUAUUGUUUUGAUUGCUCUUUCUGUGUCAGCCAAAUCAGGCCGCCAUAGUGCUUCAUACGCCUUGGGCCACUACGAAGAUACAUUCUCUGGCUGGGGAAACUUUACCUUCUUCGUCGGUCUGUUACCCUCCGCCUAUGUGUUUUCUGCUCUUGGUAUGAUCUCGGCUAUGGCAGAGGAGUGUGCAGACCCGGCCGUCAAGGUACCUAAAGCCAUGACCCUCGCCGUGCCUACCCAGGGCAUUGCCGGCCUCGUCUUCAUUCUUCCCAUCUUGUUUACUCUCGCGCCGCUCGAGGACCUUCUAGCAGCGCCAUAUGGCCAGGCACUCCCUGUCAUAUUUGCGUCUACCAUGGGAACCCAGGCGGGUGGGCUCGGGCUUAUGAUCCUAGUACCGUUGCUCGUCAUCUUUUGUAGCUUCAGUAUCACCGUCGCCGCCUCCCGUUGCACAUGGGCCUUUGCUCGAGAUAAAGCAAUUCCCGGCUCUCGCUUGUGGUCGCACAUCGACGAGAAGCGGGGUGCCCCGGUAUGGGCCAUCCUGCUGCUAACUAUCGUGCAGGCUCUUCUCGGGCUCAUCAAUCUGGGAAGUUCAUCGGCCUUCACGGCGUUUGUCUCUGUUGGUGUUAUGGCCUUAGAGGUGAGCUACGUGAUCCCUGUCGCCAUCAGUCUCUUUCACGGCCGUCGAGAUGUCAAUUCGGCCCGGUUCACUUGUGGUCCCAUCAUUGGCACGAUUGUCAACUAUAUUGCGGUGGCUUGGAUAUUCUUUCAAGUUGUCCUUUUCAGCAUGCCCACGGUACUGCCAGUCACGGCCGUCACGAUGAACUAUGCGAGCGUUGUUUUCGUGGGAUUCGCAGCCAUAUCUGCUGUUUGGUACUUUAUUCAUGCUCGAAACGUGUACAAGGGACCACCGGCAAGUGAUGGGAUCAAUGCUAAUUAG